GAGUGAUCGACAAUAUAGGGAAUAACACAGCUUGUUGUAUUGACUCUCAUGCAUUGAGCUUGCAGGCAAAAGCUUGAUUAAAAAUUGUUCUUGUUUUGAAACAUUAAUUGUACAAGAUGGCAACUUAUCAUUACGUCCUUUUUAUUGCUUUUUUUGUCAUGUGUAUGACAACAGUAAAAGCAUAUUUCAUUGCCAUUGAUGCCCAUGCAGAAGAAUGUUUCCACGACAGAGUGUCAUCUGGGACAAGAAUGGCCCUCACAUUUGAAGUUGCAGAGGGAGGAUUUCUUGACAUUGAUGUGAAGAUUUCUGGACCAGAUGGUAAAGCUAUUCACACAGGGGAGAGAGAGUCCAAUGGUAAAUACACCUUUGCAGCUCACAUGGAUGGAGUUUACAGAUACUGCUUCAGCAAUAAGAUGUCAACAAUGACACCUAAGAUUGUUAUGUUCUCUAUGGAUGUAGGAGACCAACCUAAAGAUCAAGGAAUAGAAACAGAAGAGCAUCAGAGCAAACUUGAAGAGAUGGUGAAUGAACUAGCAACAGGUCUUACAGGGGUCAAACAUGAACUAGAAUAUAUGGAAGUCAGAGAAAGGGUUCAUAGAUCAAUUAACGACAACACAAAUUCCAGAGUGGUAUUAUGGGCAUUCUUUGAGAGCUUGGUGCUGGUUGCCAUGACGCUAGGACAGGUGUAUUAUCUUAAGAGAUUCUUUGAAGUCAGGAGAGUGGUGUAAACAUUAAGCACUAAGUAGUUUUAAAUAUCAGGGCCCAUAUUCAUAAAACUUUAUUAGGCCUAGUACCUUAUUCUGAAAACUGUAUUGUUAUCUCUAGUGUUAAUGGAGAGAAUGUUCAUUUUCACCACAAAUUAAAAUUGCUCAGAACAAACUCUUUUUGGUGCUCCCACAGGUUUCUCUGUAAAAUAUUUACUUUUUAGCAGAAAAUGUCAGAAACUAACUAGCGACCUUUCCUAGAUUUAGUAUAACAAUUAAGAAUUAAGAAAAUAAUAUAGUUUUGAGAGUAGGAUGAUUACUACCACCAGCAUAUGCCUAACAGGUGUGUAAAUAACUGAAGACUGACUUAUGUUUUAUGAAUAUGGGCCUAUAGAACUGUAGAUUGGGGUUAUGUAGACAUGAAGGUCAUCUUGGUUUCUUGUCAUGAAGAUUGCUUCUCUUAUUACAAUAGAAUUGACACCGACUGUCAAGAACUAAUAAGGACGUUGUUCACACAGUAUUGUUUUUAAACUUCUGAAUGACUUUUAGACAAUUUCUUUUGAUAUACAGUUUAAUAACUCCAGGUCAUAAAUUUUCAAUGGAAUGAAAAGAAAUGAUCAUUGCUGAUAGUGUGAUACACACCAAGGAAAUCCAACUAGAAAUAGUUAUUAAUUUGUGUCCACAUGUAGAUUUUUAUCAUCUUUUCUUCUAGAAAGGUCUGUAUGCUUCUUGCUGAAAAUGUUGAAAAGUAGUUAUCAUUCUGUUUAAAGCAAGAAAGGCGUCAACUCUGUGUUAGAGUGUAUGAGUUAAAACCCUUCUUCCUCCAAACAGAGGAUAUUUACCCUUGCCAUGACAUGGUAAUCUCAUUUAGUGAAAUACUAAAUGAAUCUUAAGUAUGGACUGUAACUCCAUUUGUCAUCUCCAGGAAAUUAAUUGAACAAGGAAAACUGUUUCUAGUGAAUUUCAAUAUCUCAAGUUGCUCAAUAUUUAUUUUGUUACAAAAAUGGCAGUUUGAUAUAGACUGUAAUGGUUUUAUAUUGUAAACACUAAAACCAACAAAAGUAAAGUUUAGAUAAAUUUACAAUUAAGUGUUUUUUUUGCAUUGCGACUUGUUUUACCUUUGAUUUUUUCCCAACUUUUUUGUGUGUUUAGAAAAUUACGAAUAUAUGUUGAAAUGUUCUAUAGGAAUUUAAAGGAUAAAUUGGUAGGCAACUAUACUACUAUAGGGUAGAGAAAUAGAGUGAAGCACAUAGUCCCCUUAUGUAUAAAAAUUGUAUUUAUUAUUAUUACAGCAUUGCACAUGCAUUUCUUUUCUUUCUUUUUUUCCUCAUUGAGAUGUAGGUACUACUUGAGUUAAUCAGUUGGAAACUAUUUGUAAAGAUGUAAUCAUCGUAAGUAAAUGUAGAAGUACAUGGAAUGCAUGAAUUCUUGAGGAACAUAGGGAAUAAUUGGUUUAUUGUUUAAAUUAAAAUCUCUUUGGAUAUCUUUUUCAGAUUUGUUAUUCGAUCUGUUCUGCAUCGGUUUCCUGUUAUGUCUAUUUCAUCAUGUUUUUGAUAUGUUGAAUAUGCUGUUUUUCAGGUUAUCAAAUUUGAAUGUUCUUUAAUUCAUAUUAUUCUUGGAAUAAAGUGUUUUUUAAUGACUUAAAAUCAUGACAGAGAAAGUAUAUAAAGCCAUUAUGGUUGAGGUGUGUUUUAAAAAUAGAUUCCUUUGUAUUUGCAGGUAUUAUUCCAUGAAUUUCCAUCUAAGUUAUAGGGAUAACAAUAGCAUGCAUGGUUAUAGCGAUCUUACCAUUCUAAAAUAUGACAUAUUAGAUGUGAAUUGAUUACUGUUAACCAAGGUUAACAAUUUAAAAAAAAAUUGUGAUGUGCAAUUCAUCUGACAAUAUUUGUUUUCUUUUCCUAGUUGGGUCAUUUAUAUAUUAUGUGUUUUACUGUUGGAUUCUCGUUGUCAACAUCCAUUAUGUUUAAUGUGUCACAAUGUUUUUAGGUACAAACUUUUAUUCCAGGUUGUAUAACUACAAUGUAUGGUACCUAACCGAGUAUCUAGAAAUUAUGUGUUCAGACAAGGAUAUUGCCAAGUUAUUGAACACAUCACAUUCUCAAAUUAUAUAUUUCAACUUUUUUAAGAUGAGGUAUAUAUUGAGGCAUGAUGCAAGAAUGCAUACCAGUAUUUAAAUGUAAAGCUGGAGUUACAAUGUUUAUCCUCAUUUCCUUUGUACAAUAGCAUGUGAAGGUGGAUAUUAAUUUUUAAUUUACAUAUGUAAAUGUGAAAUUUAGGUAUUCUCUUGGUUUUGAUACAAGUUCGUAGUUUGUUGUAAUGCCUUUCUUUGGUAAGGAUGGUGUUAUAGUUUUGCCUUUAGGUAUGAGACAUGUAAGAUGAUCGGAAUAGAACAGAAUGUUAUCAGUCUUGGUACAGUCAAUUCAAUUGGUUAUACUGGUACAUGUAGUUGUUACUUGUUAGUCAUUUAUUUUCAGUGUGCAUGCAGUGAUGAGAGUAGUAGGCAAGAAAUACUCUAUAAAGUACAUUGUUAUCUGUUCAGCUUUGUAUAUUGAUAAAUAUUUCUCUUUCUUUUCUUUUCUUUUCUUUUGAUUUUGUUUUUUGUUAAAUUCUUAUCAAGUUGUAAACUUUGAAAUGCUCAUGUAUAUACACAUGUACAUGUAAAGUUCUGCAUUUUCCAUGAUUUAUUAAAGACUUCUACUUUAUGAAAUUAUCUAUUAUAUGCCUCUUGUGUGGGUUUGUUUAUACAGGGUGUCUAAAAGAAACUACAAUGAAAUUUAAAUUUUGUCCUGUUUUGGUUUUAUGGAUUAGCAUUAGUGUGUUGUUUAUUUGUGCGGUGUUUAGGGGGUGGGGGAAGUCCAAUGUGGGUUAGUAUGUUGGUGUUAAGAGUAUGUUAGUAAGUUAGGUUAUAGUGUUAGAAGCCAUCAAAGACUGCAUGUAGACAUCUCAUUUGGGACUCGCUAUGGUCCAUGAUAAUACCCCCAGAUUACUGAGACGACUUGAUGGGCAUUGUGUCACAAAUUAUUUUGACCCUAGUAAUAAUCAUUAUAAAAUGAAAAUGGACCAAAAAAGAUUGCCAAAAUAUGCUGCCCAUAUAGAGGUAGAAACUAGAAAGUUAUAGUAUUUUACCACUUGGAUGCUGAGUUUAUGUGUCACAGAAAAUGAUAUAGACUGUUGCAAUCUCUUUGUUAUAAUGUACCAAUGUUAACUCUGAAUAAUAAUUGGCCGUUAAUAAAAGAAAAACAUCAAAGAAGAAGUACAAUAAA